CAAACUCCACGUAGCCCUAACAUUAUCUCCAAGGAACGUUGGGGGGCAUUUUGAGUGGUCUUUCUUGCUUUCCGCGCAAGGAAAUUAAAGACACGCGCAGCAGGGCGGUGAGUUGAUUCAAUGCAUUAGAGCGAGAGAGAACCACAGAAAACAAAAAGGACCGCCGACUUAAAAAUAUUACCCCGUCAACGCCAAGGUUUCUCUUAGACUCAUCAACGGUGUCGUAUAAUUGCACUGUUCCUCUUCUAGUGAGUUAGGGUUUUCUCUCUGUCUGAUAAGCGCACCGAUCUCUCUCUUAUGUCCUUACAGAAAUUUAGAAAAUCAAACCUCGCUAGAUCAAAGUAAUUAGUCUCUAGGUAUCGUUGACAGGAGCGGAGCUACUCAAGGCAGUAAAAUAAAUAACGAAGUGGCUACAUCUGUAAUUUCGAUACGAUUAUAUUGAAGGGGAACAUGUACAAAAUGAACAUUAACAGCAGUAUUAUUAUUAGGAUUUGCCAGUCAUCUUCAAUGGCAUCAUGUCUUUGAAACUGGUUGGAGGCUAGUUUUGUUGCUUCUUUUUAGCUUUGAACUUUUGGAUUUAAAGCUCUUGAUAAGGAUUAAUAUAGUAGGUAGAAAUGGAAGCCAGGAUCGCAAAGGUGUUGGAUAGUAGUCGUAGAGUUAUGCUCGGGGUGAAGAGAAAACGAGCAUCCCGCUAUGCAGCAUAUUUUUCUGGUGCUUCUCAUACGGUGUUGCCUGAGUGGCUCUCUCCGAAUUCAAUCCAUAAGCCAGGGAAACGCAAGAAAUUGGAUGGAAGCCAGAGCAAGCCUUGGAGCUGUGGGCAUCCUUCUAGACGGUCUUUACUUCGGUGCUACUCAAACUUCACGAGGACUGGGGUGCCACAGCGUCUGAUGUGUUAUCAGAAUGAGGAAUGGACUGAUUUCCCUAAGGAUCUUGUUACUUUGGUUAGGAAAGAUCUUCAAGGGAAGAAGGCAGUUGUUGAGGUUGAGUUGGAGGGCCGCCGCUAUGUUAUCGACUUCUUGCAUAUGUUGCGAAUGGACAUGAAGACAGGUAUUCAGCAACCAAUUGCCUGGAUUGAUGAAUCUGGUGGCUGCUUCUUUCCAGAAAUCUAUGCUGAUGAAGAUGAACCACAUCUGUGCUGCCAGCAUGAUUGUGUGAAAGAUCAAGGGUCCAUUUUUCAGGAGCCUCCUGGGUCCCAUGAGAUCAAGCUGCAGCUUGAAAUUGAUAUAAAUGGAGGGGAUCAGUCAAAGUUGGAGUGUAGUGGAGAGUCAAAUGGUCUUGUCAAGCAUAUCCAAAUUGCUCAAAAGCCUACGAGCGACCACCAUCUUGUAGAAGUGGGGGAUAGUUACAACAGGAAGACUGGUGAAAAAAUUGUUGAAUCUAAUGACGAAAAUCAACAGAUUAAAGCAAAUUUAGUCACUGGGACCGAAUCUAUUACGCAAAUGUUGGAUUCUGAUACUGUGAAGAAGAUCUUUGUUACAAGUAUGAACCCUUUUGGUGGUGCAGACAUAGUAGAUAUUUAUCGCUGCUCUAGUACUUCAAUGCCAGUUCGAUUUGAGCUUUUCCAGAAGCAGAUUGAACUAACAGGGAAAUAUCGUGGAGAUGCAAAUGUUCGAUAUGCUUGGCUUGCUUCUUCCAAAGGAGCACUCUCCACUAUCAUGACGUAUGGGCUUGGACAUUGUGGGCCAUGCACAACAAAGUCCGAACAUGGCAUUGGCGUUCAUCUCUCUGCAGCAAACUUUUGUCACACCAGUGCUAAUUAUUGUGAUGUUGACGAAAAUGGAGUGCGGCACUUGGUAUUUUGUCGAGUAAUAAUGGGAAAUAUGGAGCUUCUUCAGCACGGGAGCCGACAGUUCCAUCCCAGUAGUGAGAAUUUUGAUAGUGGAGUGGAUGAUCUUGAAAAUCCAAGAGAGUAUAUAGUCUGGAAUAUGAAUAUGAACACCCACAUUUAUCCAGAGUUCGUUGUUAGUUUCAAGUUCACUCCCAACUCAGAAGGGUUUUUGGUUGGGAGUGAGAGUAAGCAUUCUGUUUCUGGUGUUACCACUUCUUCUAAUGGAGGUCAGGGAUGUUUACCAGUUGAGUCCCCUGCAGUUGAUCUGAAUGUACCUGUAGAGUCUUCUGCAGUUGAUCUUAAUGAGUCCCCUGCUGCUGAUAUGGGAAGCGAAAUUCAACCAGUUUCGGGUUCUGGGAGAUCUCUUGGAAAAUCACCAAGUCUGAGUUCAAGCAAUACAAGAACCCCUAAAUCUCCAUGGAUGCCUUUCCCUAUGUUGUUUGCUGUGAUUUCAAAUAAAGUUCCAAGCAAAGACAUGGAACUCAUAACUAACCAUUAUGAACUGUUCAGGGAGAAGAAGAUAAGCAGGGAGAAUUUUGUCAAGAAGUUGAGGUUGAUUGUUGGAGAUGCUUUACUGAAGUCGACAAUAACAAGUCUUCAAGGCAAGUUGCCAUCGAAGUGUGAAGUCGCUGUGGCUAAACCAGCUGAAGGGUAAGUGGUGUUUUGAGCACAGCCAAAGCACCCUUAAUGCUGCUGUUUGUCGGAAAUUGAGGUGAAGUUUGUUUGAUGCUUGCUUGCUAGAAUACGUCGACAUGAAUUUGUGAAUAUCCUGUCAAAGGACUGUAGGUCUUAGUUUAUCUAGAAACUGCUAGGUUAUUUCGUUAGUCACCCUUUUGUUAGUGAUGGAUUACUUGACUUGCUAAUGACUCUACUUAUUUGUCUUGUAUUGCUGAUCAUGUCCCAGCUUGGUUAAUAAACAUUUGGAUUGUUUUGGUGUGGUGGGGUUUUCCUUAA